AUGGCUCUCAACCCUUCAAUAGGACCUGACCACCCAUACUCCGAGGACCUGUUCGACCCUUAUCGAGUACUAGAGAUGAUCGUCUCAUUUAAGAUAGCCAGUAAGAUACAUGACGGAACGGCCUCGUCUUUCCUAAACGCAAUGGCCAACUUGGGCGACGAUCCCAACAUGAAGUCCACCAACGCCGUCCUCAGCUCAUUCGGCGAUCUCAACCACACGGAACAGGACAAAGUCAUGGAGAGUCCCAAGGUAAUGUCUCGAGCAUGUAAAUCACUCGAGGGGUUGGAAACAGACGCUAAGAUUGAUCAGUACUGGAAUUCGCUUGCGGAGUGGGGCACGGAAGAAGACCGCGAGGAAAUGUCUCGCAGGAACGUGGACAGACUCAAGGAAGAUCUGGAAGAUACGACUGAAGGUGUCAGCACCAGAAAGUCCGCAGCGGUCAAGGCUGAAGCGGCUCGGUUGCUUGCUACGAUUCCCAAAGAAGGUAAGCUGUUCGAAUGGACGAGGGCAAUGGUCUGCAAAGAGGAUUCAGGGGAUGGUUCUGCAGCUGGCAAAUGA